GCCGUAGACCAUUUCGUUCCGACGCGAGUAAUUCCUCCCCACGGGCGGCGACUAGGGCGGCUAGGGUUCGUCGGGCGCCGCCGUGCCGGAGAUCGCCUCUCGCCGCCGACACCCGGAUCUCCGCCGCCGCCGGUCGCCCCAGGUUAUCCCGCUCCCGCAGUCACCAUCCCGUCUUCUCCGCCAGUCGCCUCACGCCCGGCCUGGACGCCCCGGAAUCCAUUGUCGGUCUCGCCCCGCCGACUGCCGUUGACGCCACUGGCUGAAGGUGUGAAUAUGUCGGACAGUGCGUUGAAAGAUCUGAAUCUAGCUCAGUCAGCAGAGCUGGAGAAAACCAAGGACAGUUCUGCCAAGUCUUGCAUCACCAAGCCUGUCUUGAAUGGCAACAAAUGCAACAAUACGGAAGAAAAUGCUCCACCUGUACUCCCUGAUGCUGUGACUAAUGGGUGUGAAGCUGGAAAUGCAGAUGUUGAGUAUAUUGAUUCUGAGAGUCUGACAGAUCUUGAAGAUGCUGGUGCAACCCUUAGUACUUUAGUUGCAAGGUUGGAUUCAAAAGACUGGGUUAUGACAUGUGAAGCUCUAAAUAAUGUUCGUCAGUUGGCAAUAUUUCACAAGGAUAGAUUGCAGGAACUUCUAGAGCCUCUAGUUCCUCUUAUUGUGAAAUCUGUCAAGAAUCCAAGGAGUGCUGUCUGUAAAACCGCACUCAUGACCUGCGCUGAUAUUUUCAAGGCAUACGGUGACCUAAUGGUUGACUCAAUUGAUCCACUGUUAGUGCAGCUAUUUCUGAAAUCUUCACAAGAUAAGCGUUUUGUCUGUGAAGCUGCUGAGGCAGCCCUCAUAUCGAUGACAAGCUGGAUCGCCCCUUCUGCUCUGUUGCCAAAAAUGCAACCUUACCUUAAGAACAGGAAUCCACGAAUUCGAGCAAAAGCAUCAAUGUGCUUCAGCAAGAGCGUCCCAAGCUUGGGUGUGGAGGGAAUUAAAGAAUAUGGAAUGGAUAAGCUUGUUCAGAUCGCAGCAACUCAGCUUAGUGACCAGCUUCCUGAAUCCAGGGAGGCUGCUCGCAAGCUGGCUUUGGAGCUACAAGCAUUCUAUGAGAAAUCCCAAGCUUCGAGUUCUGGUGAAGUUGACGACGCACCUGCUACCUCACCUGAUGCUGAUGCUGAUGCUGGUGCUGAAUCAUGGGAAGCUUUCUGCCAAUCAAAGCUUUCCCCAUUAAGUGCACAGGCAAUCCUUCGUGUCACCUCUACGACGAAAGAGGGUGUGGCUGUGGGUGUCACCUCUACCCCUCCGAAAGAAGGCGUCACUGUUGGUUGCUAGCAUCAGGAGGUAGUAGAUGCAAUGAGGUUGUGGUUUUUCCAUCCGAUUCACCUUUUGCUGUACAUGGUUAUGGUUGUUCUUUCUCUACAUCCAAUCUGGGAUUCGUUCGUUAAGCAUCGGUUCGAGAGUUGAGGUGUGACCUGUGGGUGUUAAUAUUGGUGCGAGAUAUACCUGUUAUAGUUGACCGUAUGAUCUUCCUUUUCUCCCACUGCUUGGUAUUGAUUGGUCAGGCGAAUUGUAGAAUUUCUUCCACUAUUCAAUAUUACUACACAGUAAUUUUUCCA